CCUCAACAAAAACAGAUAUCUUGUAAUGAAUUUCUCCUCGUCUCUGAAAGAUUUAAAUAAAACAAUACACUAAAGCAAUAUAAGAAGAGAAGAUGUUCGACCUAACCAACAAAGUUGUUCUAAUAACGGGCCUCGGUCAAAAAACGCUGAUUCCCUCAGACCCCAAAGAUCAGCGUAAAGGCGACUGGGGCAUUGGUGCAGCAAUCGCAACACUCCUCGCGCGUCGCGGCGCAAUCAUCUUUGGCGGAAACCGUUCUUUGGCAGCCGCCGAACGCACGAAAGCACAGAUUGAGUCCGAGGUGGGACAAACUAAUAAUACUAAAAAAGCCGUUUGCGACGUCAUGGUCGCCGACCUCACUGAUGCAGCCUCAGUCAAGGCCCUGGUUGAUUCAUGUAUGGCCAAACACGGGCGCAUAGAUAUCCUUGUUAAUAACGUGGGGAAAUCUGAGCCUGGGUGUCCUGCGACUAUGGACGAAGCAGUGUGGGAUGCACAGGUGGAUGUGAACUUGAAGAGUGUUUAUUUGACCUGUCACCAUGUGCUUCCUAUAAUGGAGAAACAGUCCACCGGCGGCUCCAUCAUAAAUGUCUCAUCGAUUGCGGGACUGCGGUAUAUUGGAAAACCACAAGUUGCGUACAAUGCUACAAAGGCGGCAAUUAUUCAGUUUACGAAAGCAACGUCAGUGAUAUAUGCUGCCAAGGGGGUGCGUUUGAACAGUGUCGUGCCGGGGUUGAUUUACACGCCGUAUACGAAGGAAUUGGCGAAACGGUUUGCAAGUGAAAAUGUGUCUGCAGAAGAGUACAUGAAGAUUCGAGACGAGCAAGUUCCUAUGAAGAAGAUGGGCGAUGCCUGGGAUGUGGCACAUGCGGCUUUAUUUUUGGCUAGUGAUGAGGCAGGAUAUGUAACAGGGCAGGAGAUUGUGGUUGAUGGUGGAAUAACUAGCUCAACAGGAAGGAUAUGACUUUUUUCUAAGUCUAUUAUAAACAUUAAAUAAUUCUAGACAAAACUAAUAGCGAAAUUAGUCGAAACCAGACUAUUGAGGGUCUUUUGGU